AUGAGCCAUCAGGUAGAGCUAGCUGUGAAAAGACAGAGCCUGAAAGUUCAGAUCAACGCAACAGAUGACACCGUUUGCAUGAGGUAUCUUCGACCAAGUCAAAACACCAAACUUGAAGGUUUUGUCCUGGGUUAUGGAAGCAGCUUCUUCUCUAAUCAGUACAUUCCUUUACCUUCAGAAGGAAAUACCUACAUAACUGAACUUGAUGCAGAGCCACGGUAUUUGGUUUCAGUAAGACCAGCACGUGUUUCAAAUAACAAGAAGUCUUGCUCAGGUCGGACCAAGACUCAAAAGCCUCUGCAGCUGGUAGUUGGCACUCUCACCCCAACCUCUGUGUUCCUCUCUUGGGGCAUCCUAGUGAACCCUCAACAUGACUGGACAGCAACAAGUAACUGUGCUAGUGACAGGUUCUAUACUGUUCGCUACAGAGAAAAGAAUAAAGACAAGAAAUGGGUUUUUCAGCUUUGCCCAGUUACAGAGACGGUAGUGGACAAUCUAAAGCCAAACACAGUUUAUGAGUUUGGAGUUAAAGACAACGUAGAGGAUAGUAUAUGGAGCAAGACUUUCAAUCAUAAGACAGUUCUGUCUAAUAAAAAAGUAAAUGGACAUCUCCAGAAUAUGUACAAGUUGGUACCUAAUACCCAAACACAGCUUACGCUACGAGAUAAUAAGAAGUUGGUCCCUGUCACAAUAAUCAAACAAGUUAUUCAAAAUAGGACACAGUCCAAAACUUCAGAUAGUUCUUCUCUGCCUGGAGCAAUAUUAGUGCACCUUAUUGUUCCGGGUCUCAAUGAAACUCAGCAGAAACUUUUUCCUCCCCUGACAAUAGAUGACAUACCUCAAGCAUCCAGGAAAAAACUGGCUAAGAAUGAAACCCACGUAUGGCCUGCUGAAUCCAAAACACCAGAAGUUCAAGAAAUCUCCCCAGAGUCCCUUCCAGCUCAGGCUGAGAGAAAGCAUGGACCUAAGGAAUUUAAAUCAACGCCUAAACCCGAAUUGCAGACUCAAAACAUACUGGCUUCUAAUGAAAUACAUCCGCUUCCUUCUGGAUCCAGAAUCUUUGAUGCUCCAAAAAGUCCGUUGACACAACUUGCUACUCAGAGUCCAACCUUGAAAUCUGUAUCUCUACCUUCAGCAGACACCAGAGAGAUGGAGAUAGCUUUUGAUGAAACACAGCCUAUUUCUUCAAGAUUCAAAACAUCUGGUACCACAGAAGUGCAACCAACCAAGUCUGCUUCAUAUGGCUUUCUUCAUGUUACUUCUACUCCUCAAACUUUUACAGCUUCAGAAAUGCCAGACACUGCUGGAUAUACUGCUGAUUUGGAGAUAACCAUGCCUGUAGUUACCACAGAACUUCAUUUGUUAGAAACAGCAUUGGCUACUCAGAGACCAAAGGUGAAACCUCCUCCUCCUUACAUUGCAAUCCAAGGAACAGUGGAGGCAACCCAGAGAUGGGCUCCGGAAUCCACCUCGUCUGCUUCACCGGAACCCACGAGGACUGUGAUGGCUACCCGGCGACUAAGGCUGAAAUCCACCUCUCCUUCCCCCCUGGCGACCCAGCAAACAGUGACGGCUUCAAAUAACCUUCUUCAUGUUACUUCCACUUCCCAAAUACCUACAUCUGCAAAAAUGUCACAGACAGAGACUGCUUUUGAUGAAAAGCAGCCUGUUUCUUCAAGACCUGAAACAUCUGGCAUCCAAGAAAUGCUGUCAGCUGUACCUGCUUUCACAAGAUCGGUCCUGGAGCCAACCUCGUUUCCUUCUCUGGAAACCACAAGAACAAUGAUGGCUACUCAGAGACCAAAGGUGAAACCUCCUCCUCCUUACAUUGCAAUCCAAGGAACAGUGGAGGCAACCCAGAGAUGGGCUCCGGAAUCCACCUCAUCUGCUUCACCGGAAACCACGAGGACUGUGAUGGCUACCCGGCGACUAAGGCUGAAAUCCACCUCUCCUUCCCCCCUGGCGACCCAGCAAACAGUGACGGCUUUCAAUGAUAUUCAGCCUGUUCUUUCAAGCCCUGUGACACCUAGUAAGCCUGAAAUAGCAGAUACUGAACCAGCAACAAUUGAAUCCAUUCUGGAAUCUUUCACUCCUAAAACUUAUCAUCCUUUCCAAUGGCCAAGGGUAACAUUAGCUCCAAAAGAAAUACCACUUACUCCUCCUAAACCGAAACCAUCUGCUACCCCAGAAGUACAUCGUGUGAAACCUGCCCCUAAACCACCACUUUUGGAGCCUAAAACUUCUCAGACUGUUGAACAACCAAAAGCUACAAGAGCUCCCAAACAAGCAAAACUCAAACCUUCUACAUCUAAACCUAGACCAUCUGCCAGACCCAAAAAGCCACGAACUAAACCUGCAGCAACCAUUCCGGUGUCAGUCACUACUAGGAAACCCUACACAUAUGAACAUCCAAAGACUGCAGAGGUCUGGGAACCUAUUACACUUAGAGUUGAACCACCAAGGUCAACAGUAGCUUCAAUGGAGAUUCCACAUAUUUCUUCUAAACCUAAAACUUCACCCAAACUUCCUAUCCCACACGCUAAAGAUGUCCUGGAGUCUAUAACACUUAGAACUGCUCGACCAAAACCAACAAUAGUUCCAAAAGAAACACACCGUAUUCCCUCCAAACCUAGAACAUCACCAAGCUCAGAAGUACCACAAACCAAGCCUGUUCUGGAACCAAUUACCUUUAGAACUGAGAAACCAAAGUCAACAGCAGCUCCUAGAGAGACACGUCAUGGGCCUUCAAAACCUAAAACAUCACCCAGUCCCCGUGUUCCUCCAACCAGAGGAAGUCCAAAAGAAAGUCGACGAGUCACUUUCAAGCCCAGAACAUCACCAAGUCCAGAUGUACCACACACAAAACCUGCUCCUAAAGGACCACAACAUAUACCUUUUAAACCUAAACCAGCUCCCAUUCCAGAUGUUCCACACGGCAAGCCUGGAAUCUUUCCAUCCUUCCAUGAACCAGUUACUGCUAUGAUUCCUCAUAUUCCUGAAAGAACAAAGGCAACACCGGCUCCAAGUGAGAAACAGUUAAUUCAUACCAAACCAAAAAAACCUGAAAAACCAAGAGCACCACACACCAAACCUGCAAUACAUCAAACAACCCCACAACCACUUAUUACAAAAUCUACUACCACUGAGCAGUCAAGGGCAACAAUGGCUCCAAAAGAAACACUGCUUGUUCCUUCCAAGCCCAAAACAUCUGUUGAGCCAGAAAUACCACAGACUAAACCUGCUCCAAGGACAACACACCUGGGAUCAAUUAACCUCAUAACAGUUCAUGUUGUUGAUGGGUCCAAAAUGACUUUGGUUCCCAAUGAAACAUACCAGAUUUCACCCAAACCUAAAACAGCUCUUGUAACUGAAAUUCCACGGUUGAAUACAGCGGCGUAUAAAACACGUCUCACUUCUGCAAGACCAAAGCCAUCUGAUAAAUCACAGACCACACAUGCUCUUAGUAAAACUACACUAGCACCAGCUAGAACAAAAUCACCUGGCUUGCCAAAGUGGAUUGUGCCAACAACAGAUGAUGUAUAUACACCUGAAGAUAUUACUAGACAAAUUGGCGUGGAUGUAGAAAAACCUUUUGAAUAUAGUGAUACUCGGGAAAAGACGUUUUAUGUAACUACAUCACUGAGACCACAGCGUCCUCCUAUACCUCCCGUCAAGCCUACACCUAUGCGAAGAAAACCUCUGCCUCCAAAUACUGUGACUGGUAAACCAGGGAGUCCAGCUAAACCUGCUGGACCAACAACACCUGUGAGGACAGGAAUUCCAUCUAAGACACCAACAGCUUUUGCAACUCCAGAGUAUUAUGUUGAUGCAACUGUCUUCAGUUCAAGUCCUACAUCAGAAACAGAUUCUUCAGGCAAACCAAGGUACCAAGCCCCUCAUGUCAAGUACAUGAAGAAAGAUGAUGAUGUGCCUUGCUCUAUCACAAGCUCUCUUGAACAUUUUCCUCAAGAAGAGGCUAGCAUCAAGGAAGAACCUACUCGUCCUCCACAAAAUCCUCCAACCAACCUCACAGUGGUGACUGUUGAGGGCUGUCCAACUUUUGUCAUAUUGGACUGGGAAAAACCAGACAAUGACACUGUUACUGAGUAUGAAGUUGUGUCAACUGAAAAUGGAGCAAGUGAUGGUGAAAAGGAGAAGUCGAUUAUCACUACAAAUCAAACCCAUUCUACAGUGGAAAACCUAAAACCUGACACAAGUUAUGAAUUCCAUGUGAAACCUAAAAACCCGCUUGGUGAAGGUCCAAGUAGCAAUGUUGUGUCUUUCAGUACGGAAUCAGCGGACCCAAGAGUGAGUGAGCCAAUUUCAAUGGGAAAGGACGCUAUCUGGACUGAAAUCCCAUUCAAUUCUGACACCUAUUCAGAAUGCAAAGGGAAACAGUAUGUAAAGAGGACUUGGUAUAAGAAGUUUGUAGGUGUGCAGCUGUGUAACUCCUUGAGAUACAAGAUAUACCUCAGCGAUUCACUUACAGGAAAAUUUUAUAACAUAGGAGACCAGAGGGGCCAUGGAGAAGAUCACUGCCAAUUUGUAGACUCGUUCUUAGAUGGAAGGACAGGACAGCAAGAAGAUCUACCAGUCAAAGAUGGAUUUUUCAGGGCGGUUCGUCAGGAACCUGUCAAAUUUGGAAAAAUAGGCGGGGAGACUCGCAUUAACUACGUUCGCUGGUACGAGUGUGGAACAUCAAUACCUGGGAAAUGGUAGACAUGACGUGAACCUGGUGAAAAGACCCAGCACUAACAAUCCCUCCAACUGCCCAACCCAGCUCAAAGAUGGAAAUGUAUGGUAUGCCUGUCACUUAAACAAGUUUGCUGAUGUGUAAGGUUUAUACAAGUCUAAUGCCAAUACUGCAUUAAUUGUGUAAUAGCAUAGGCUGCUUACUGUAGUUAUCCAGUUUUACAAAUUUUAGAUUUAAAUAAAAAAAAAAGAAGGCUAGGGACAUGGUGUAGGAUAAUGUGUAGGGAAGCUGGCUCCCUAUUCUUGAGGUAUGGUUUAUAUGGUAUUUUAAAAGAUACAGUGUGUAUAUUAUUUAUCACAAUGUUGUAAUAAAUGUUUAAGGCACAGUUAUGGUAAAGUUGGUCAUGGAAUGCAGUGUGUGUUAGUUUUUAAAUAUUCACUGGUCUUAUUAUAAUGUAAGUGCUAUAAGCUAUCUGUCCAGAUAAAUCUGUAAUGUUUCCCUCUUUGUAAAUUAUAGAAAAGACCCUACAAUUUUUAAUAUCCUGCAACCAGUAAACUUGAAGCGCUUUCUCCUUACAUGUACAAACAGUUUAUACUCGUGCCUAAACACUGAAGCAGGUUUAUAGUACGUGCAGCUUUAAACAAUCAGGUUAGUAUUUUUUUUCCGUAUUUUUUUCCAUAUUUGUUUUCAAAUGCAAGCUUCACCUCCAGCAAAACAGUAUGAUCAGCCUAUGACUAAGGAGUUAGAACUGUUACCCAAUAACGUGGCAGUGGUUUGCUUUACUCUAAUUAAAGCAGACAGGUACAUACAUGCACUGAAUAAUAAUAAUAAAAAAAUAAUAAUAAUUAAACUGGACUCCAUUGCCAUGGCUUUUCAUGAAAAUGUAAGUUUUCAGAGAAACUUCAUGGUUCAAAAACCGAGUGUAUGUAUAGUGCAAGGAGGGUUUAGAAAGAUAAGUGAAAUGGAAAAAAAUAAGCUAGUCAUAACAGCAUAAUCAGGUUUAUUAAAAAAAAAAUGCUUUAAAACAUUGUUUGUUGGGGACAAACGGGAAAUAGUGAUAUCUAAACUUUUAAAAGUGCUUUACAGCAGUUAAAACCUCUCCCAAAGCUAUUGUUGUACUGCUUGAACAUUUAUGAACUAAAUAAAGAGAUGUAGUUUUUUUUUAAAAAGUGUUAUUCAUUACAUUAUUAAUGUAUUGAAAAAAAAAUAUGAACAGGAACACACAGAUAUAUAUAAGUAGAAAUAGUCAUUUAUAGAAAAUGCCUUAUAAAGUACAUUGCAGGUACACUGUACGCCUAAUAAAAUAUUUUUUAAUCAAGUGUUUUUCAUUGUUUUACAUGAAAGCAAGUAUUAGUUUCUGUGGCAACUGUUGUUAUUACAGGAAGCAGUUCAUUCUAGAACAGGACCUUAUUAAAUAGUUUGAUGAGCACCUGAAGUGUUAGGUCUGACAAGCACCACCAGCAGUAAUUACACAUUACAGCUUACUGGAUAAAUCCGUGCCUGAUAUGAAAGCAACAGUAUUUAAGAACGCUGAAGGUAGGAAUGGUUUUGCUCACUUUAUUUCCUAAUUUGUCUUUAUGGGAGUUCAAGCAGUGUGAUCCAGUUCAUUUUUUUGUUCCCUACUCUUUAGUUUUAUGUAUUCCUAGAAUCCAUAAGAUGGAAAAUAGUUCUAAGAGAAUGUUUUGCCCAUUGCUGUUUGUUGAAUUUUUUACAGCUCUUCAUCUGCCUUUUCUUGGCGUAACAUUCAGUCACUAGCAUUGCGCUCCCAGGUUUUUCUGGGUGGCAAAGAACUUGUGCUAAGUUGUUCCUUUUUGAGAGUUCUUCAUUUAAAAUAUGGAUUUGGCUUAAUCUUUCAAGUAAUAAACCAGUUCUCCCCCCUGCCCUUGUUAAAGUGAAAGUGGUAAGAGGUUAGUUCUAAGAUUUUAUAUAUUAGUUCUUAUUCAUUUAGUAAAAGAGUUACUUGGCAAUUAAGUAAUAAUAGUAGUGCAAAAACAUCUACUACUGCACAGUCUCUGCAAAUGCAAUCUAUUCACAUUUCUCCAUU